GCGGGACCCCCCCGAGCCCCGGUACCCUCCGGUACCCUCCGGUGCCCCCCCGGUGCCCUCCCGGUGCCCCCGGAGCUCCGGCUGCUUCCACCCCCCCCAGCGGCCGCGCACGGGGCGGGCGCAGCGGCCGGGAGGCGGCUCCAAGCCGGCGGCGCGGUCGCCAUGGCCCUGCCCCGCACGCUGGGGGAGCUGCAGCUGUACCGGGUGCUGCAACGAGCCAACCUGCUGGGCUACUACGAGACCUUCAUCCAGCAAGGGGGGGACGACGUUCAGCAGCUCUGCGAGGCGGGCGAGGAGGAGUUCCUGGAGAUCAUGGCGCUGGUGGGCAUGGCCACCAAACCCCUGCACGUCCGCCGCCUCCAGAAGGCCCUGCGUGAGUGGGCCUCCAACCCGGGGCUCUUCAGCCAGCCCGUGUCGGCCGUGCCCGUCAGCAGCAUCCCCCUCUUCAAGCUGUCGGAGGCAGGCGGGCGCAAGGCGCUCAGCAACGGUCAUGCCAGCCCCGGUGAGGCUGUGGGCAAAGGGGGCAGCAGCUCCGGGACACCCCCAGCCCGGAGCCCCACAGAGCCGGGGGAGAAGCUGUCACCGUCAGCGGUGCCGCCGUGGCCGGGGAGGAGCACCCCCGAGUCGGAGGGCGGCGGGGAUGAGGAGCCGGGGGGUCCCCCCUUCUCCCCGGGUGGGAGCAGCGGUGAGCAGGUGAUGGGUACCGAGGCGCUGGAGCCGGAGCUGGUGCGGACGGUGGCGGAGAGCGUGGAGCGGCUGCUGCAGAACUACCCCCGCGGCGGCGAGGCCGAGCUGCGGGCGCUCAUGAAGCUCAACAAGAAGCUGGCCAAGGCUGUGGGACACAUCUUCCAGCUGGAGGAUGGCGACCGGCACAAGGAGGAGGAGAUCCGGAGGCACAGCGCGAUCUACGGCCGCGGCGAGGCCCGGCGCCGCGAGGGCAAGCAGCUCACCCUGCACGAGCUCAUCAUCAACGAGGCGGCCGCGCAGUUCUGCCUGCGGGAUAACUCACUGCUGCUGCGGCGCGUUGAGCUCUUCUCCCUCUCGCGCCAGGUAGCAAGGGAGAGCACCUACCUGUCCUCGCUCAAGGUGUCCAGGGCACAUCCCGAGGACAGCGCAGCCACCGCGGCCAAGCGGCUCAAGCAGGAGGCCGGAGAACAGAGCCGGCCCGAGCUGCUGCCGCUGCCGGUGGGGCCGGAGCCGCCCGGGGCCGUGUUCCGAGCGGGGCUGGAGGAGGACACCGGCAGCCUCUCGGGGGAGAGCCUCGACGGCCACUUGCAGGUGGCCGGUGCCUGUCCCCGCCUGACGCCGCCGCCCGGUACCGGCCCCGACGUGGCUCUGGGGCUGCCCCCGCACGGGCUCUGGAGCCGCCACAUCCUGCAGCAGACGCUGAUGGACGAGGGGCUGCGCUUGGCUCGCUUGGUGUCCCAUGAGCGUGUGGGGAGGCUCAGCCCCUGCCUGCCCGGGAAGCCCCCGGCCCCCGAGUUCGAGGACGGGCUGGCAGAACGGGGUCCUCCGGCCCCCCCUGAGCCCCCCCGCGGCACCAUCAAGGUGGAGCAGGAGAGCAGCCGGCAGUGAGGCCCCUGCAGCCCCCCCCCCACCAUUAACGAAGCAAUAACGUGCUGGGGGACUGGUACCGGCGGUGCUCCGGGUGCGGGGAGCCGGUGAGGGCCUGGCCACAGCCCCCCCCCCCCCGGGGACCCCAUCCUCUCCCGCACCGAUGCUCUGGUUACCUCAGCCGCGGCGGGAUGUGCCCCCCCCUCCCCGCCCCACA